UUGGCGAGAUCGGGCGGAGAAGGGCGGGGCUCUAGUUUUUUUUUUUUUUCUCGGCGAGGGAGGUGGAGCGAGAGAGCGGCCAUCUUAGUGAGGUCAGCGCAACUGGGAAAAGGAUGCCGAGACAGGCUAGCUGCGGGGUGCAAAUCCAGAGACACCCGAGAAACCAGGAGAGGAGGAACAACCUUCCACAGGUUACCGAAGCGUGGUAAUCCACGGCGCACACUGUGGCUCUUGAGCUGUCGUCGCACGGACCCUCAGGGGAACGGCAUGUGGGAUCCACAGUCCCAGUUCAUCUACUUCUGCUCCAAACACUUCAGCAAGGACUGCUUCGAGCUGGUGGGGACCAGUGGAUACCACAGACUGAAGGACGAAGCCCUGCCCACAAUCUUUGAACCAUUCUCCAAACUGAGACGAGCAGCCCGCAGCAAGAGAGCAAGCAAGAGGAGAGGAGAGGAGAGAGACACACCAGCCUGGCUACCACAGAGAGGCUCAGCAAUAGAGCCUCUCUCAACCCAGAGCCAGGGGUAUGAGCCCCCGCCCCGGUCUCGGGGUCGUCCCCCUCCCCGGCUACACCCCCGCCCCGGUCUCGUCUUGGGUCGUCCCCCUGCGGGGGCUACGCCCCCCGCCCCAAUCUCGUCUUGGGGUCCCCCUCCUCGGUCGCGCCCCCGACCCAGAACGAGCUUGCUGCCAGAAGAUGAGGAGGGGGAGGGGGAGGGGGAGGAGCCUGCCCGUCCAGCCUCUCCCUCGAUCUACAUGGCCCGCCUGCCCCCCCCUCCCGGCUCCUACAUCGCCCGGGAGCACAGCUACGGGGUGCAGAGCCCACUGUGCUGGAGAGCCCGUGCCGAGGCGGCCCGCGAGGGGCUGGAACGAGCCCACAGGCAGCUGGCAGCCGCCCGCCGCAGGGAGCUGAGGCUCCGACACAGGCUGGCCGUGCUGCUGCAGGAGAGGCGGAGCGGGGGGAAGGAGGAGGGAGGGGAGCCCGACCCGGGGCUUCCUCGCGACCCCCAAACUUCUGUGGGGAGGGGCCAGACUGGGGGGGAGGGGCCGGGAGACCCCGGCCCGAAGCCCCCCCCGAUCUCGGGGGGGCUAGACGCUGAAGCAGCAUCUGCAGGUGUUUUAGACGAGCUCGUCAGUGACUCUCGUCGACGUCGAGCAGUCCACUGA